GCUGGGCAAUGGUGGCCGGAGCUCCCAUUAGGAUGGGCUUUCUCUGGGGCCUGGCUCUGCCCCUUUUCUUCUGCUGGGAGGCUGGGGUCCCCGGGAGCUCUGCAGGCCCCAGCACCAGCAGACCAGAUCAUUUGGUGGCAACAAACCAUGUAGAAGUGCCUGCCAUGACUCCAGGGAUCAUGACAAAUUCACAGGGAGCCUUCCAGACCACUGACUUCGUUGAGACCUCUGUGCAAAGCCACAUCCCUUUGGAAACUCAAACCCUGAGCACCCAGACCUUUGAUAGAACCUCAAUCAUGGCUAGCACCAUUUCAGAAGCAGAGGUCAGGAAAACCAAGACCAUUUUUAUGCCAAUAGAGACCAGGGCCUUCACAAAAAUGAUACCUUCCAAACUCAUGGUUGUGAUCACCACUCCUGUGGAGGCAUCAGCCACAAGUGGCAGCCCCACGGGAACUGGAAUGACCACAGUUCAGACUGUUACAGGCACUGAUCCUGUGAAGUCUGUCCUUGGCACCCUUUGUACAUAUGACAGUUCAGAAGAGGCAAAGAGGAUUGUAAUUAACAUCUUGACAUUGGCUCACACCUCUGCGGAAGCCAAGGCCCUGGCCUUGGAGAGCAGUGCCUUCUCUGACAGCUCAGAUCUGGCCAUCACCACCUCACAGGCCCUGGCAUCUGACACCACUGCUCCGGCUAGAACCAUGCUCGCCUACACCAUCACCAACACCGAGGUUAUCAACUGCAGUGUUACAGAAAUAGAAACAACUGCCACCACUCCCAGGACCUCGGACAUAGAUCAUGACCCUACAGGAGGAAAGGCCCUGUCUCCCUCUGAGGUGUCAGCUUUGCUUGAUUCCACUGAAGCAGAAUCAGACUCCACGGAGACCAUGACAUCUGCUGAGACCUUGUCAGAAGCCAGAGCCACAGAACCAGCCAUGCCUGAUACCACAGUUGAGACCCCACUACCUGCUAAUAGCACCAUAGAAGGAGAAACCACAGCAGCCAAGACCACCGUACCCCACACAACUUUGGUGACAGUCAACACGAACCCCUUGGAGGAAAUUACAUCCCUCUCUGUUGAGACAAGCCACACCGAGGUCUCAGUUACAAUCUCCACAGGGGCUAGGUCAACAAUGGGCAAAGUGGCUUCCCCUGCUGGGCUCUCAUCUAUGGCCUACAGCCACACCCAAGUAGCCACUAGCAAGAACUCCACCCCCUCAGAGACUUCAACCACAGACAGCACAACCAAUACAUCUGUCCCCAUUAGCAGGAGCCCCUUUCCUUCUGUUCUUCUGACUGUGGCCAACAGCAGCCCAGAGGCAAAUAACACCUUAGCCAAGACCACCGCCUUAGCAAAGACCUUGAAGACAGCCAGCAUGACUGGAGGGAAGCCCCCAACAGCCAUGCCCACCACUGCUCAGACAAGGUGGUCCACAGAAGUUACUGCAGGCAGAGGUGAUAGAAAAUAUUUCACUACCGGUGAAGCCGUGGCAUUGGCUGAACUGAAUGUUCUCACUGACGUCAGGCAGGGAGCCGCGAGCUUUGCAGGUGUUACCUAUUCUAACCCUUCAAAACCACCUUAUGCAGUGGGUAUUAUUGCUCCACCUGACAGGUGGGGAUGGAGGCUUUUUCCUUCUGCGACUGAGUGUGGCCUCCCCAGAAGACCUCACUGACCCUAGAGUGAUGGAGAGGCUGAUGCAGCAGGUGUCUCUGCUGCGUGUCAAGAGGGACUAAGGAAGACCAGCUGCAGCCAGGCAUGGCUGUGUGCUAAGGGGGCAGUGCUGCCAGCCUCUGGGUCCCCACAGACUGAGCCAUGUUACUGCGCUGAGAUGUACCUGGAAGAUUCCCAAGAGAUCAGAUGACCUAAGCCCUUAUCCCAGACAUGGCAGCGGGACCUUAACGCACAUAUGCCAGAGUGUGUGUGGGGGGGCAGGGGAGAGGUGUUCCAAAGAUGCUCUUGGACUUCCUUUGGCACAUGUGUUGUGUUUCAGUAAAGAGUGACUUGAUCACCCA